ACGGCAUCGGUUCCGGAGAGUUCCCAUCUUCAACAGGAGGGUCUCCCCAAGCUGCCGGUGCCGCCGCUGAGGCAGACGUGUCAGACGUACCUGGAGUGUCUGAAGCCUCUGGUCAGCACGGAGGAGCUGGGACACACGCAGCUGCUGGUGGACGAGUUCCUCACGGGCGGCGUCGGCGACCGGCUGCAGAAGGGCCUGGAACGCCGGGCGCGCAAGACGGACAACUGGCUGUCAGAGUGGUGGAUGCAGUCGGCCUAUCUGGACUGCCGUAUGCCCGUCCCGGUCUACACCAGCCCCGGGGUCGUCCUGCCACGGAUGCAAUUCCACGACCGCCAAGGACAGAUGAGAUUCGCGGCCAAAGUAAUCGCUGGAGUUCUGGACUUCAAGAAGAUGAUUGACACGGAGACUCUUCCUGUGGAGUACCUGAGCGGGAAGCCUCUGUGUAUGGACCAGUACUACCAGAUCCUGUCCUCCUGCCGGGUCCCCGGUCCCAGACGGGACACCGUCGUCAACCACGCCAUCGGGAAAACCUCUCCCACCCACAUCACGGUGGUCCACAACUUCCAGUUCUUCAGGCUGGACGUGUACAACAGCGAUGGUUCUCCCCUGACCGUGGACCAGCUGUACAUGCAGUUGGAGAAGAUCUGGAACUCCUCGCUGCAGAGCAACAAGGAGCCGAUCGGCAUCCUGACGUCCCAGCACCGCAACACCUGGGGCAAGGCCUACAACAACCUGAUCAAAGAUAAGAUGAACAAGGAGUCGGUCCGUGCCAUCCAGAAGAGCAUCUUCACCAUCUGCCUGGACGCCCCCAUCCCCCGGGUGUCCGACGGUCAGUACUGGAGCCGCGUGGCCGCGCAGAUGCUGCACGGGGGAGGGGCUCGGUGGAACAGCGGCAACCGCUGGUUUGACAAGACCCUACAGUUCAUCGUCGGUGAAGACGGGAUGUGUGGGCUGGUCUACGAACACGCCCCCGCGGAGGGGCCGCCCAUCGUCUUCCUCAUCGACUACGUCGUCAAGUGCAUGCAGCGGACGGAGAUGGUCCGCUCCCCCAUGGUCCCUCUGUCCAUGCCCCAGAAACUACGGUUCAACAUCACGCCGGAGAUCAAGAGGGACAUCGACAAGGCCAAGCAGAACAUGAACAUGAUGGUCAACGACCUCGACGCCCAGGUGCUGCUGUUUUUACCUUUNCGUUAUCGUUGUUGUCGUGACCGUUGCUCGCUGUUAAACUGCAGGAUGUACGACACCUGCUGCUCCACCUACGAGAGCGCUUCGUUACGGAUGUUCAAGUUGGGACGCACCGACGUGAUACGGGCCACGACCGUGGACUCGGUGAAGUUCGUCCGGUCCAUGCAGGACUCGACCAAACAGAACACGGAGCGACUGGAGCUGCUGCGGACCGCCGUCCACCGACACCGGGAGAACACGCACAACGUAAGA